AUGUCGGACUGGGACGCGAGCAGCGAUGAGGAGCUGGGCGCGCCGGACUGGCCGCGGGCCGCCGCUGCUGCCGGGGCGCUGUGCUGGUCGCCCAGCACCCCUUCGUGGGGCCGCGGCUCCGGGGAGAGCGGCGGGCGAUGGGGGAAGGGCACGGGGAAUGCCGGAGGAGAAGGGUGGGAGCCGCGAGGCGCUGAAGGCUCCGGCGGCCCGAGGCGGGCGGCGCGGCAGCGGCCGCCCCGAGCUGCGGCCGGCCAGGCUCGGGACUCUGGGGCGCCGCUCUGCUUCCACCUGGAUAGCGCCCUGGUCGGGGCUCUCAUAGGUAGGGGUGGAACUAAAAUUAAAGAACUUGAGGAUUCUUCAGGUUCCAGGAUAAAGGUUACAAGAGGAACCUAUGAAUCUGAAGUAAAGAUUUUUGGCAGCAUUGAUGUGCAAAACAAAGCCAAGAUGUUGAUUGACAAUCUUAUUACAAGUUCUGGACAAAACUAUGUAAGAGGUGGGACAGAGAAAGGAAAAACCUUGGACAUUAUCAAGCCUGAAAAUAACCCAAAGAAACCAGUAAUUAACUGGGCCUCUCUUCGAGAAAACAGGGCCAAAUAUGAAUCUAUGAAGUGGGCAGGCUUGCCUCCAAUUGAGAAAAACUUCUACAAAGAAUCAGCCAGGACUGCAUCUAUGUCAGAAGAAGAAGUGGAACUGUGGCGGAAAGAAAAUAAUAAUAUAACUUGUGAUGACUUGAAAGAAGAUGAAAAGCGCUGCAUUCCCAAUCCUGUUUGUAAAUUUGAAGAUGUAUUUGAGCAUUAUCCUGAUAUUAUGGCCAAUAUAAGAAAAGUUGGUUUUCAGAAGCCUACACCAAUUCAGUCCCAGGCUUGGCCAAUUAUACUGCAAGGAAUUGAUCUUAUUGGGAUAGCGCAGACCGGUACUGGGAAGACGUUAGCAUACUUAAUGCCUGGAUUCAUUCACUUGACUUCACAGCCAAUAUCCAAAGAUCAGCGUGGGGGGCCUGGAAUGUUGGUUCUUGCUCCCACUAGAGAACUGGCACUUCAAGUAGAGGCAGAGUGUUCAAAGUAUGCAUACAAAGGAAUUAAAAGUAUUUGCGUCUAUGGUGGUGGGGACCGAAAAGGACAGAUAGACAUGGUUACCAAAGGUGUGGAUAUUGUUAUUGCUACUCCUGGCAGACUGAAUGAUCUUCAGAUGAACAACUUCAUAAAUUUGAAGAGCAUAACAUAUUUGGUUUUAGAUGAGGCUGACAGAAUGCUGGAUAUGGGAUUUGAACCUCAGAUAAUGAAGAUCCUAAUAGAUGUGCGUCCUGACAGACAAACUGUUAUGACAAGUGCUACUUGGCCUGAUGGUGUCCGUCGCCUAGCAAAAUCCUACUUGAAAAAUCCCAUGAUUGUGUAUGUUGGCACUCUUGACUUAACAGCAGUAAGCACAGUGCAACAAAAAGUUAUUGUUAUCCCCGAGGAAGAAAAGAGAGCUUUCAUGCAUAGCUUCAUUAAGUCUAUGAAGCCAAAUGAUAAGGUCAUCAUUUUUGUGGGCAAAAAGCUUACGGCUGAUGACUUGGCAAGUGACUUUGGUAUCCAAGGAAUUCCAGUACAGUCACUUCAUGGCAACAGGGAGCAAUGUGAUCGAGAACAGGCUUUGGAUGACUUCAAGAAAGGCAAAGUUCGGAUAUUGGUGGCUACUGACUUGGCAUCCCGUGGCCUCGAUGUGCACGACAUCACUCACGUUUUCAACUUCGAUUUCCCUCGCAACAUUGAAGAGUAUGUUCACAGAGUAGGUCGUACUGGAAGAGCAGGGCGCUCUGGGGAGGCAGUAACACUUGUCACGAGCAAUGAUUGGAGGUUUGCGUCCGAGCUGGCUGACAUUCUGGAAAGAGCAAACCAAGUAGUUCCUGAUGAGCUUAUGGCAAUGGCAGAAAGAUACAAACAAUCACAAAUGAGAAAAGAAAAUGAAAAGGAUAUACAAAGACCUUGGAGAAAGCCCUCAAAAUAA